AUGCGGAGCUCCGUAGGAGUCGGGCUUUCCGCCGCUGGGGGCGACACCCGCGGGACCCCGGCUACUGGGCCGGCUCCGCUUUCUUUGCCGGAGCUGCGCUUGGGUCCACGAAGUGGCGUGCAGCACCUGCUUUCCUCGCCGCCACCCCAAACCGAAGGUGCAGAGCCUGUGUGCGGACCUCCUUCGAAACUGCGAACUAUUGUAUUAAAAUGCAGAUUCUGCCGAUCCUGUAUCGCCGCCAGUCUAAAGAGCAGCAGGUGGACCUGUCCCUAUUGCCGGGCCUAUCUUCCCUCGGAAGGCGUUCCAGCCACGGAUGUAGCAAGAAGGAUGAAAGCAGAGUACCGGAACUGCGCCGAGUGUGACACCCUGGUUUGCCUUAGUGAAAUGAGAGCACACAUACGGACUUGUGAGAAGUACAUUGACACGUACGGACCGCUGCAAGAGCUUGAGGAGACGACCACGAGGUGUGUGUGCCCGUUUUGUCAGAGGGAAUUGGAUGAAGACAGCCUGUUAGAUCACUGUAUUACUCAUCACAGAUCUGAAAGAAGACCUGUGAUGAACAACGUGGUUUCAGCUCCUGAUGCACACCUCAACCAGAGUGCCUCCAUUUUGGUCUAG